UACAAUUAUUCUACCAACAUAUAAAAGUGACAAUCGAAUAGUUUUACACACAACAUCCAGAAUCGACAUCCAAGAUGCUGCUCUUCCUGCUGUUGGUGACAUCAUGUGCUGCCAUUCCUCAAAAUCUUUCAGAGAAGAUGUUUACCUUCCCAGAAGCAACUGGCACAGCACAUGCUAAGUUGACAAUAUUAAAACAAGAUUUCAAUGCUCUGACUGUCUGUUUCAGGUUCUUUACAGACCUCUCAAGAGAAUAUGCUCUUUUCUCUUUGGCAGUACCCUCUUUUGACAAUGGCUUGUUGUUUUACAAAAACUUAAAUUCUUUUGCAGUGAGUGUCAGAAACACAGACUCAAGUUUUGAAGGACUGGACUUCAAGCUGAACAAAUGGCACUCGGUUUGUGGAACAUGGAGUGCUGCAUCAGGUUUGGCACAACUGUGGUUGAAUGGAGAGCCUUCAAGCAGGAAGUUAAGCAGUACAUCCAAUAUCAAUGGACCAAUAAUAAUCGCUUUAGGACAGGAUCAAGAUUCACAUGGUGGUGAUUUUCAAGCCAAACAAUCAUUUGUCGGCAUGAUGUCAGAUCUCCAUAUGUGGGAUUACACACUUUCACCCUGUGAGAUCCGGAAAUACAUGAAUGACCGGAGCUACGCAAAUGGAAAUGUGUUGAACUGGAACUCACUGGAAUUCCAGAUUAAAGGAAGGGUGCUGAUCGAGAAUAAACAGAAUACUUGUCAGUAAAUCAUCUUUCUUUAAAUAGUUAUAACACACAAUAAUUGGUAAAUUAUGUGUUAUGAACAAGAAAUAUGUUAUGAAGCAAAACAAUUACUCUAACUGCUGAUAGAGUAAUUAAAUCAUCAUAACUGCACUAAUUCUUACCUUUCUGAACACUCAAUCAAUCAAUCAAUCAAUCAAUCAAUCAAUCAAUCAAUCAAUCAAUCAAUCAAUCAAUCAAUCAAUCAAAUUUCAUCAUUAAUUUACAAAUACAUUCUCAAUGCUUACUCUACAUGAGUGGAAAGUGAUCAGGAAGAAAAAAUAUAUUACGGAAACCUGCUCCUUUCUCAAUAAAUACAAAAUUAAUUUUCAUUCUUUCACAUGUUCUGAAAAACAUAAAUACUGUUUUUAAAUUUUACCUCAGAAUCAAUGCUAAACCAUUUUGCAAGAAAGUACUUGUGGAUUAAACUUGUAACUGAGUUCUAUAUAUCACUUUAAGCUCAUUGUGUAUUUGUUUGUGUCAUUGUACUAACUUUGAAGAUGGGUGUUCAAAUUGCUGAUCAUUUUCAUUAAAAAAAAUUAUUUCCCGACUAAAUAAUUAAAAA